AUGCCAGAUCAUUUGAAUUGGCUGAACUGCUUGCUACUGCUCGGCGCUCUACUCGAAGCUGUCUUGAGCCAGCAAUAUCCGAACCCGCAUCGCUGCUCAAAUCGACUGGAGAACGCUUUGGAGCACAUGCGUCGUCGCAGCGUCCAAGGCAAGGGCAGUGGUGGCGCUCCCGUGCGAUCGCGCUCCAUGUGGCAGCAGCCGUAUCCGAGUCCCUAUCAGCUUUACAACAGCUUUUAUGGGCAGCAUAGCGAACCGGAGGAUGAUUUCUAUAGUGGUGGUGGCAACUACAGAGGCGGCUACUAUGGCAAGCGCAUAAGACGCCAAGGUCACCCAUAUGGCUACGGGGAUACUGCAGGGGGUGGUAGUGCUAGUGGCAGCGCGCUGGAGUUGGAGCAGCUGCUCUCGUCGCAUCGACAGCCACACAAGCUGGCCAUCUCACGUGUGGAAGUGGAGGACUUAAAGGUGCGUGUGCCGCCAGCCAAGGCUGCCUCGCGCUGGGUCGAAAUAGACAAAUGCAAGUUUAGCACCGAGAACUCCACGCUGGACACACGACUUAUUUUUCCAGACUUGACGCUUAGUGGCAAAGUGGUCUUGCAGCCAACGGGCGGCCGUUGUAACAUGAUAUUACGCAUGCGACACGCUGGCAUUGAGUUUCGAACUGUGCCACUAAGCAGCACUUCCUCAGCUGCUUCCUAUGAGCAAUCGCGACGACUGGGUGCAGCUUCUGUGCGCACGGAUUCUCACUUUGCGGAACCGGGUUUCAUAUCAGUAUUUGCGCACGGCUGUCAAGGACCAAGUGGCAUUAGAUUGCGUCAGAACUCAAAGCGACGCUUCGGCGCUGCGCCGCAAGUGGAGUUAAGUGAGCCACAUGUCAUACUGGGUACGGCGGGCAAGUAUCCGAAGCCGGAUUAUGACAUACGGCUGGAACAGACUACGCAGCGCGAUCAAAGCCUUAACUUCGACAGCAAUGAGAGCGACUUCUUUGAUGUAAAUGGCGACAAUUUUUACCGGCGGCGCCAGCUGGAUAAACGACGCCGCCGUCGGCGUCGAUAUGCUACACCCGCAGACUAUGCGGACGAAAUGCAUUUUAAUCAGGAUAUAUUACACUUUGAGGACGAGCAGCUGCAGCAGCUUGUCGAGCCGGAUGCUCGUGCCUUCGCGGAUAUUUUCGGUGGCGGCAACAACCCAGAAGAGCUCGUUGGUGAUGCAAUGUCCAAUGAGCUAGAGAAGCUGUUCUCCAUGGGUGUGCGUGGACUGCUAACCACCUACAUGCAACGGGCACUGCAGCCAGCAAUCAAGGAGACACUAAUGGAAAAUAUGGGCUACACGCUAAGCUAUGGUUGA